UCAUUGGGGACUGAUCAUGGCUACCUCAACAGUCAUUCUGCUUGUUCUUCUCCUGGGGACGCUAAACACAAUCCAGUGUCAGUAUGAAGAGACAAAAUCAGAGGAUGUUGAAGAGGGUGGCCCACUUGACAAUUUCUCAGAGGAGGAUAACAUAGUGUCCAAUCUGAUUGAAAGGGCUGCUGACAAGAAGGAAGACGAUAUCCCUGAGGAGGAGAAGUACACCGUGUCUGCUCUGAUUGAAAGGGCCAGCAAGAAUGCAGGGCAAGCGCUUGAUGACCCAGAGAUCACAGAGGGUGAUAUCGCAGUGUACACUGGGUUCCAGAACGCUGACCCCUGCACCUCGCGUGGCUGCAAGUGGCCUCGUGCCCGGGACGGCUUAGUCUACGUGCCUUACUACAUCUCCAACCAGUACUCGUCCCGUGAAAGAGCCACCAUUGAGAGGGGCCUGCAGUCUUUUUCCCAGUCCACCUGUAUCCGCUUCCGACGACGCACAAGGGAGAGAGACUAUGUGCACAUCCAGUCACGCUCAGGGUGCUGGUCCUACGUGGGGCGUAGAGGUGGAGGACAGAUUGUGUCACUGGCUCGACGAGGGUGUGUGUACCACCAGGUGAUCCAGCAUGAGCUCCUGCACGCCCUGGGCUUCAAUCACGAGCAGACCCGCAGUGACCGUGACCGAUAUGUCCGUAUUUACUACCAGAACAUCCUCAGAGGACAAGAGCACAACUUCAGAAAGAUUAACACCAACAACCUGGGCACCCCCUAUGACUACGGCUCAGUCAUGCAUUACGGAAGGUAUGCCUUCUCCGCAAACCGGCAGCCCACUAUUGUCCCCAUUCCCAACGCCAAUGUGCAGAUCGGAAGAGCCACCCAGAUGAGCCGCAUGGACAUCCUGCGGGUCAAACGUCUCUAUGGAUGCAGUAUGUAGCACCAUUGCUCACUCCAUAGCCUGUCCAACGCCUCUAUGGAUGCAGAUAAGUUGGGCUGUUGCUGACAAGACCCCAGACCGCAAAUCAAAAGAAGAACUGGCUUUCCCGCUCAAUUGAAAUGAAGGAAAUGUUUGAAAAAAAAGGAAGUUUGAUUGUGUUCCCUUCUAACAAGACUGUUUUGUUAUAGUACUACAAGUUUAUAUCAACCCAAACCCUUGACUGUACACAAUGAGUAAAUUCUUAAGCUUCCAUGUUUAAACCAAUAAAAUUGGGCAGCGUGAAACAGUUGAA